GCUGUUGCCAUCCCCUCGGCGACCCUGAACCCACAGCAGGCCGCUGCUCUGGCCUCGCUGAGCGCUGCCCAGGCUGAAAUCAACGCUGCGGCCGCGGCCCACGUCGACGCGAACCGCGCAUCGCAGGCUGCCGCCCUGCACAGCGAGAGCGUAGCUGCCCACCACCAGACCGCAUCUGAUGAUCUGGGUGGCCUGGAGGAUGAUGUCGAGAGCGCGUCCGGGCACUCGUCGUCCAAGGGUCACUCGAGCUCGAACGGCGCCUCGCAGAUUGCUGGCUCGAUGCUGGCGGUUGUGGCCAUGGCCUGGUUUCUCGGCUUCAGUCCGUCUCUCCACACCCCCUUCUCGGUAAACUCUUAUUCUAAUCAUCGUUUUUGGCUGUUUCUUCUCGUUUGCGUUGACAGCAACGAAUGCAACUUUUCUCCAAAAUCUAUUCUUGGUCGAUGGCGUGCGGUCUGA